UUCCUUUUCUUCUAUCAUCUGUCAAGUCUAGUUGACAGUGAUGUCAGUUUAUGAUAGGUUAUGUUUAUAUUAGAAAAUAAAGAUUUAAAAUAACUUAGCAUAAUUAAAUAAUUUCUUAAACUAAUACAGCAAUAUCAUCAUAAUGCUAGGUUUAUCGGUUUUAAAACAAUUUUCCAGAUUGUCGUUGUCCACACCUAUAGCAGUAGCUAUAAAUCGAAAUAUUUUCACCGCACCUGCGUUACAAUUUAGAAUAACAGAUCAAUUAUGUGCCGAGCCUUUAAAGAAGAAGAAGAAAAUGGAUCCUGCUAUUAUAAAAGCUCGUGAAGAUAGGCGUCGUAAGAAAUUAGAAAAACAAAUCCGACGUUUAGAAAAGAAUGCUAGGCAAUUGAAGCCUAUUGAGGAAUUGGAGAUACCUUUAAAUGUUAUGGAUCAUAUUGGAAAGCGGAAAAGACCUGAAGUGAAACUGAGUGAUCAGGAAGUAGAAGCUCGAGCAUUAUUACAAAAAGAAUGGAGCCGAUACAAACGUGUGGAGUACAUAUCAACUGUUGCACAAAUAGACAGAAUAAUGGCUGCACAAAAACGUGCAUUAGAUAUGCUCUAUGAGGAGUCCGAAGAUUUGUAUAAUGAAGCUGUUAUGCCGGACCUCAAAUUGAUUCCAUACAGUAUAAAAGGUCCUGUUGCAACUCCAGCCAUCAAGAAUUACGACUCCCCCGAUGGAGAAUACAUAGAUGUUUCUAAAAAGUGGAUUAACUAAUUUUUGUUUGUUAAGUAGGUUUUAUUAGAUUGUUCAUAAAUAAAGAAUACAUUUAAAAGAA